AUGCUUGGUCCACAAGGACCUGAAGGUGAUAAAGGCGAACAUGGCAUUAAUGGGAAAAAUGGAGAGGAUGGCGAACCAGGUCAAGGAGGAGAUGAAGGAGAACCUGGUGCAGAUGCUGAAUAUUGCCCUUGCCCGAACCGAAAUUCUCCCCUAUUUAAUGCUGUGAAAAAGGAAUCAGCAAAGAAAGUAGAAAAUACUGCAGUUGAAAGAAAAGGUGGAGAUGGUCAACAAUUAAGAACACAAACACUUUCUUCUUCACAACAAUACAAAAGGCGAUUUCAUAAACAAUGAAAGAUAAAAUAAUUCGAAUAAUUUUAUAUGAUUGAAAGAUUUUCAAUUGUU